UCUGCUGAUCGACUGUGUCCAAUCACAUCACAAAGUUCUGUGUCCGCAGUCUCUGGUCAUCUCCUGUACUAUAUCUGCAGUCUCUGGUCAUCCCCUGUACUGUCCGCAGUCUCUGGUCAUCUCCUGUACUAUGUCUGCAGUCUCUGGUCAUCUCCUGUACUAUGUCUGCAGUCUCUGGUCAUCCCCUGUACUGUCCGCAGUCUCUGGUCAUCUCCUGUACUGUGUCCGCAGUCUCUGGUCAUCUCCUGUACUAUGUCCGCAGUCUCUGGUCAUCUCCUGUACUAUGUCUGCAGUCUCUGGUCAUCCCCUGUACUGUCCGCAGUCUCUGGUCAUCUCCUGUACUGUGUCCGCUGUCUCUGGUCAUCUCCUGUACCGUGUCCGCAGUCUCUGGUCAUCUCCUGUACCGUGUCCGCAGUCUCUGGUCAUCUCCUGUACCGUGUCCGCAGUCUCUGGUCAUAUCCUGUACCGUGUCCGCAG